GUCUCUUGGUGGACACAUGCACGUAUUUUAUUCAUCAUCUCUCUCUCUCUCUCUCUCUCUCUCUGUUUCUCCCGUUUGUUGGUCUUCUUCUUGCUUCCCCUCUUUUCUCAAUCAAUGCAGUGUUUUGAAACGAAGUUAGAACCCUUGCUAGUGUUUAAAUUCUAUGGGAGGAGACUCGGAGAUUGGGAGUAGUAGUGGGUGUUGACUCAAAAGUCGUUUGGUAUUUGUUCUGAUUAUUUGUGGGAGAGAAUCUCAAGAAAGAAAGAAAGAAAGAAAGGAAAAAAGAAGAGGUUUUGAUCCAGAUUAUUUGAAGGGAUGAAGCCUUGAUGCUUUCCUGGGCAAUUUCUUGAUUUUUUACCCGUUUCUCUUCUGGUGUAAGUGCCCCCUCGCUACUAUUUGUCUUAUUCUAGCUGCUAGUUCUUGGCAACUUUUAGGACAUCCUUUUUUAUGCCCAGUUUGAUUUGUCAUUCUGAAUCAGAAGAGAAAAAUAAGGGUUUGGUUCCUGAUAAUCUGUCCUUGUGCUUGAUGAACUACUGUAUCAAGAAUCAGUAAAUUUGAUUACCCAAAUCAAGUGUAGAUUUGAUUGUUAAUUCGUUAUUGGGUUUCUGAUUUGGAUUUGGAGGUCAACCCAAAAAAGAAAAGGAGACAUAUAUAUAUCUAUAUAUAUAACAGAAAUUGAAAAGGGUAGUUCAAUUUGAUCAAGGAGGAUCUGCAAGGUUUAAUUUCUGGAGUUAAGAGAAAAAGAUGGAGGAGAUAUCAUCAGCAAUUGCUGUGCCUUUUAUGCUUGGUAACUUGAUCUAUGAUGAGUCAUCUCUAACCUCUCACAUGGAAAUCGCUGGGCUUGACCUAAUAGCUAACCAGACGAGCUUGCUAUCGGAGACCCCUGCAACCAGGCUCCCGAUGCUGUCGAUGGGCGUUGGAAACGAAAGCUAUGACUGUAGUAAUCCUGAGACUGAGGCUGCUGUAGCAAGAGUGCCUUUGCCCGUAUCAGAUUUCAGGGAUGGGAGAAAGAAUACAAAUGCAGUGACUGGAAACGGAAGUGCCUUGCUUCCAUGCAUUAGCAGUGAUUUGUGUGACCGAGAUAGAGCAGGUUCAGAGGAGGACCCUGUGGCGGCAGCUCUGCAAUCGCGAGCGAAUAGUGAUAAGAAUUCGAGCAACGUUGGAGCUGUUGCUGACUCUGAUACGUGGAAGAGGGAAGAGUGUGUUAGUUUUGCCAGCGGGGCAGGGGAUGACAAGAGGAUAAGCAGAACAGGCAGCCGGAGUGUGUCCGAGUCUCAGAUGUGUCGUGUACCCCUUUGGGGGUUCACAUCUGUGUGUGGAAAGAUGUCGGAGAUGGAAGACGCUAUUGCGGCUUUACCAAGCUUUCUAAGAAUCCCUACGAUGGGCAUCGACCAGGAUUUAACCCACAUAGCAGCUGAUUUUUUUGGAGUCUACGAUGGACAUGGAGGUUGUCAGGUUGCUAACUAUUGCCGGGAUCGGAUUCAUCUGGCUUUGGCCGAGGAGUUGGAAACAGCCAAGGACAAUUUCCAUAAUGGAAGCACUGCCGGUAAUUGGCAGGAGCAGUGGGAGAAAGCCUUCUUGAACUGUUUCCAGAGAGUGGAUGCUGAAGUUGGGGGACUUUGCGAGGGCAGACUUGAGCCAGUCGCCCCCGAUGCUGUCGGGUCGACUGCUGUGGUCGCCAUUGUUUGUCCAACUCACCUCGUCGUUGCAAAUUGUGGAGAUUCAAGGGCAGUUCUGUGCCGGGGAAAAGCCCCUCUUCCAUUAUCUGUAGACCAUAAACCAAAUAGAGAAGACGAGCGGGCGAGGAUUGAAGCUGCCGGAGGCAAAGUCAUCCAGUGGGACGGUUUCCGGGUUUCCGGCGUGCUUGCAAUGUCAAGGUCGAUUGGCGACAGGUAUCUGGAACCCUACGUGAUUCCCGACCCGGAAAUGAUGCUCGUUCCCCGAAAGAAAGAAGACGAGUGCCUGAUCCUGGCGAGCGACGGGCUGUGGGACGUGAUGACAAACGAAGAGGUUUGCGAUGUGGCUCGGAAGAGAAUCCUUCUCUGGCACAAGCGAAAUGGCGAUAGUCCGGCAGCCGGUGAAAGAGGCAAGGGAGCUGACCCGGCGUCUCAAGAUGCAGCAGAGUACCUCUCCAGAGUGGCUCUCCACAGGGGAAGCAGAGAUAACAUAUCAGUGAUUGUGGUGGACUUAAAAGCCAAGAGGAAGUUCAAGAGAAAGUCUUGAAGUAAUUUCUCUGUCGUCUAGAGCUGGUUUUCCUGUUCUUUAUUCUUCUUUUGACAUAGCAAGAAAUGAUGAUAUAAAAAAAAAUUCGUUUCAAUUGGAAUUCAGCUUCAGGAAGAGGCACAACUGUAACUCUAGUACCAAAAUAGGCUAUAUACUACUAAAAAUAUUCAAUAAUUCUUCUCUCGAUCUAUGGACAUUACACAAGACAAUAGAGAGAGAGAGCGAGAGAGAGCAACUAAUUGAAGAUACAUCACAAGAGAAGUAAUCACACUGUUGGAUGCAAAUGGAAAACAAAUUGACUGUGUUCUUAAGUUAUCACAAUGAUAGAGCACAAGUGGUUAUUCUUCCCAUAUCUCUUAUUUCUGAAAUAGCAGCAGUUCCUCAGCCCGAUUCCACUGGCAGUGAAGCAUGUGUAAUCUUACCGAUGAUGCUUUAUACUAAUGCUGGUCUCUCCAAGAAUGACCUUCAGAAUUGCAGUUUUACGGCUUGGGGUGUUUUGCCUAGCUUCCAAAACGGGUUUCUUCGCUGUUUGUGCUCUCCCCCGGCAUCUCAC